GUUAGAACGGAGCUGAAGAAUGCCUGGCAUGACUACCCAACGGCAUGAGGUCUUAUCCCACCUGGAGUGACGUCAACACGUGAUGACACGGCCCGGCCUGAGGUGGGGUCCCAGCUGAAACGACGUUGGAGCCCAUCUGACCUUCCGCUGGUGUGACCUGUCAGCUCAGCUGGGUUGAUUUUGAACCCAUGUGACAUCGCAGCCGGUGUAGCCGGUGUGAUGUUGUGUGGUGACUGCAAUGAAGUCACAAGUCACGUUAUAUCGCAACAAGCUUGCCGUUUAUGUCCACUUAACGUUUUAGCCUGCGUCGCAGCUGAAUGACGUCAAAGUCGGUGUGACGUCGCCGCUAAAAUGACGUCACAAGUCACAUCACGUGACGUUGUGUAGCAGCUGGGGUGACCUCUGAACCCCGUGGUGUCGCCACCGUUGUGACGUGGCUCCAUGGCUGAAAUGACAUCACAGUCCCCUAACGUAACCUCUGAACACACAUGAUGUAAAGCUCGCGAAACUGUACACUGGCAGGACUGUGCGUGGUAACUCGGGUGACCUUUGAACCCACGUGACGUCGCCGUCGGCGUGAUGUUGUGUCGCAGCUGGAAUGACGUUUAAACUUACGUUUCGACGCAGCGUGCGUGACGUCGCAGCCCUGGUGCUCGGAGGCCAGACCUUGAGGGUUGUGGGAAGCUUUCUGCUGCCUCGCUGCGUCCGGGGGCCUCAGCAUCCAGCUACGCUCAGAAGUGCCUGGGAGGGAGGCUCCUAUCAGUGAUGUAAGCAGAAAUUCUACCGGCCCCACAUCUCAUUGUGAGUCACAUCCCGCCAGGCUUGGAACUCUAGCUUCAGAUUUUCUCAGCCCCUUCCCGGUGAACAAGCUCAAGACGCUGCUCUCCAGCUGGCAGAAGAUGACCGACUGUGAGUUUGGGUACAUCCACGCGCUGGCCCAGGACUAUCUGACGUAUGUCCUGCAGGUGCCACAGCCUGGGACUGGCCCCAGCAGAACCUCCAGAGUAUUGCAAGAUAUUGCCUCUUCCGUCCAAAAGGAAGUGGAAAAGAAUUUGAAGCCAUGCUUGGACAGCUUCGAUGUCAUGUCCAUAGAUACUGCCAGGACAAUAUUCAACCAAGUGAUGGAAAAGGAGUUUGAAGACGGCGUCAUUAACUGGGGAAGGAUUGUGACCAUAUUCGCAUUUGAAGGUAUUCUCAUCAAGAAACUGCUUCGGGAGCAGAUCACCCCAGAUGUGGAUACUUACAAGGACAUUUCUUACUUUGUUGCUGACUUCAUAACGGAACACACAGGAGAAUGGAUAAGGCAGAACGGAGGCUGGGAAAAUGGCUUUGUAAAGAAGUUUGGACCCAAAUCUGGCUGGCUGACUUUUCUGGAAGUUACAGGCAAGAUCUGUGAAAUGUUCUGUCUUCUGAAGCAAUACUGUUGACCUAAAAGGACACUCCAUAUUGUGAAACCUGCCUAAUUUUCUGGACUCUUGCAAAAGGUAUUGCCAACGCAUAGUACUUCUACUUCGAAACAAAGAACUUUGAAGAUGAAACUCGACGGUCCCGAGUUACAGGAAUUUGGUCCCCAUUUCAGUGAAUAAAUAUGAAUUUGUGUCUCUAAUUUGUGUCCUGCCUGGGAGUGCAGCUGGGGGUAAAGCUCGGUACAGGGGACAGGUACUGGGCUAAGGGGAUGAGGAUCAGGAAGGUGGUGUCUUGUCUACCCAGGGCCGAUUUUCUUAGGGUGUGCCCAUUACCCAAGUUGUUUUCUGUCGCCAUCUGGAUUGCACAGUGAGUGAGUCUGCCUCGCACGCCCUGUUGGCGCCCCUCCCGCCAGCCUUCAUUCUCUGGCCACUUGGAGUUGAUGGAUGUAGCAGCCAGAUACCAGGAUACAAUCAGGUAAAUGAUUGAAUGUUGAGCCAUUGUCACACUCUCCGUUUAAACAAUUUCACGAAUUAGAAAAUUGUCUUUCGUUAGACCAGUUCUGAGGUCCGCAAAUUUGACUGCAGUGAGAGCAGCUCGCCUGCUUCUGGGCCUUCCCACUCUUCCUUCUCCCCCCACCGCACCCUCAGCCCAUGGGGUUCCCAUGACCAUUCCCAGGAAGAGGUAGAUGCGUCCCAUUUCACUCUUGAGGAAAGAGGCUCGUCCCAUGAAGUUGGGUGGGCGGGUCACACGGCCCGAGGCCCACGCUGGCCCUCACUUCCCCCUGAUGGCAUGGCGCCACCCAUCCCUUUCACAAGUUGAAACUGCGUCGAAGGUCAGCUGUGUGCAGCUGGUUUCCCCACUGAUGGCGUGGGUGGCGUGGGCCUUCAGACCGGUGAGUGUCCCCGCCCUCCCUCAGCUUUGCCCUCCACCCUUAAUGUGUGUCCUCUGCAGUAUCGCCCAACUGAACACUGGUCGUCACUGUUUGGAUCUGGAAGUGUUCAGCAGAGGGCAAAAUUCGCUGAUUGGGAAAGGUUGCUUCAUAUGAGCCCACAGAACCCGAAAAUAAAACCAACCCUCUUUUUAUAACGGAGAGCUGUGUGGCUGUUUCUGCUGGAAAUGCGAU